AUGGAUAACUGUUUUGUCAUUAUAAAGCAAUAUAGUAUAUUGUUUUUUAAAAAUUAUAAAGGUAAACUUGCAUGGAAACAAACAAAAAGAAAUAUUUAUUCUACAAAAGUUGCAAGUGGUAAAACUAGUAAAAUCAAAAUAUCAAAACCGAUUAACGUAACAGUUCAUCCUCAUGCAACGAAUACUAUUUUAGACAAGGCUAAGAAUAUUUUAUCAGAACGAAAAAGCACUAUAAAUGAGAAUUUUGAAAAGAGCAUACAUAAUGGAAAAUUAAAUAACAAUAGCAGUAGCAAUGACAAUAACAAUAGCAGUAACAAUGAGAAUAGCAAUAGCAGUAACAAUGAGAAUAGCAAUAGCAGUAACAAUGAGAAUAGCAAUAGCAGUAACAAUGAGAAUAGCAAUAGCAGUAACAAUGAGAAUAGCAAUAGCAGUAACAAUGAGAAUAGCAAUAGCAGUAACAAUAACAGUGAGAGUAAAUGUAACAGUAAUGGACAAAGAGACAAAAAAAGUUAUGAAGAAAAAUCAAGGCGCGAAGAAUUUACAUCUGGGGCAUUUGAAAAAAAAAAAUAUUUAGGGAAUGAAAAUAAAAAAUUUUUUAACCUCCAGGAGUUUUCACUCAUAUAUUCAAAGAUGGUUUAUUUGAACAAAAUUGAAAAUGUCCACAAUAAAUUUUUUGUACCUGAAUUUUGUGAAAUAAACGAUCUAGACUAUGAGAAUAUAGAAUAUGAGUUGUUAAUAUCUUUCAUGAACACGUUUAAUAAUGAGCUAAAAUUUCAGUUAAAAUUAAAUGACAAUGAUAAACAAGAGGACAAGGAAAACUGUGUGCUUCACAAAAUGGCCAAAAUAUUCAUCGAUAAACUUAUAUAUUAUUGCUCCAAUCCUAUAAUUUUUUUAACACAAAAAGAUAACAAUAAUAACAGUCUAUUUGAUAAUGAAAUCAUCGGUCAGAUUAGUAGCUUUUUUGAACAAAUAGAACAAAAUAGAAAUGGGGAUAUUUUAUUUAAAAUAUGUUUGAGUAAAAUACUACAACAAAUUUUUAACUUCAAGCCUAAUCCUGAGGAUAUGGCUAGCUGGAUUUCUAGGCAAGCUUUUGUAGUCCUGGUUAAAAUAUUAAUUGAUCAGGAUAUAAAAAAACAUGAACAGUGUAUUACAUACACAGUAGAGUUAAUAAAAAAAAAUCUGUCAAGCUUAGAUUUUUUUCAAGUGGACAACGUUGUAGUUUUGAUUGAAAUUAUCCAAUAUGCAAUCAUUUAUUUAUCGGAAAAUAAAUAUAAUACGAAAAAUUGUUCAUUUAAUAGUGAAAGCUGGUUUGAGGACUUUGGAGAUCUUAUAAAGUCCCUAAGGAGUAGUGAAUGGAAAAUAUUUCUAAACCAACUAAUAGUCAUAGAAACUUUUCUUUAUGAUAAAAAAAGAGAAGGUACUAAAAAAGUUUUCAAUAAAUUAUAUAGACAGCAGAUAGAACUCUCAGCUAUUAAAAAUUGUUCUUAUUCCAAAUGGUUUAAAAUUGAGAUGCCCUUGUCAAUGAGCUUAUUCAAAUAA